GUAACCACUCAUGCUACACAUCCCACAAAGCCUUACGAGUCUCUGUCACACCGUCUCAUAGCUUCACAUAGCAUUUACGGUCUGUGUCCAGCAACCUCUGACUCUGAAGUGACUGACAAAACGACAAAACAACAACCUUGACGGUGAGAUGAAAACUGAGAAGGAGCCGGGGGUCGUACUCAUCACAGCGAAUAGUGUUUUGGAAGAGGCUCCAUCAUCUGGGAGGUCAAAGAAUGGAUAUGUUUUCCAGGAGAUGGAGUUGCGAGACGUGGAGCGGGAGGAAUGUGUUGAGGGCAAAGUGGGGAACCAUGACAAUACACCUAAGGACCACCAUGACAUUCCGAUCCAAACAGGGAUUUCAGUUCCAGAUGACCCUGGGGAUGACCCUGGGUUUGGGCUCCUGAACACAUCAAGAAAAUAUGUGAAGCCGAUGAACUUCCAGGAGGAAGUGCGCGGCCACCGGGACCUAGAUGGCUUCCUGGCCCAGGCCAGUAUCCUAUUGGAUGAUAAGGCAACCACUCUAGACGAGGUGCUAAGGUGCAUGCUGACCCAUGUAACGGAAGACGGCCACGGGGGCUGUGACAUGGACGAGGUCAUGAACACUGUGUUCACAGACACAGGAGGAGAUGAGGACAAUGUGCAAUUGUUGUCCGAGACCAUUCAGGGUGUGACUGCUUCUGCCACUGGAGUCCGCUACCAGCAGUCCUGGCUCUGUGUCCUAUGCAAUGUGAAGAGCCUCCAGAGACGCCACGUCUGCAUCGCCCGUCUGGAGAGACCACAGAACUGGGGAGCAAACUGUUGUGAGGCUCGAUAUGUCAUCCUCAUUCUCUCCCCACCUAGAACGAAAAGCACCAAGACAGCUAUCGAGCUGGGCCGCACAUUCGCCACCAUGUUCUCAGACAUCUCCUUCAGACAGAAACUGCUAGACGCCAAGACCCAGGAGGAGUUCAAACAAGAGCUGGUGCACCAGCGUCAUCAUCUCUCCAUAGUCAAUGAGAAACCAGCUACAGAGAAGCAGAUGAUCCAUGCAGAAACGGACCCACGCAGCAAAAAAACACUAAAAUGUGCAGAUUUCUUUAAAGUUGGCCGAGGUAUCUAUGAGGAUCUUCGUCGGCGACUACCACUCUAUCCCUCAGACUUCACAGACGGUAUGUAUGGCAAAGACCGCUCCUGGCUGAAGUACACCACCACCGCCAUCUUCCUGUACAUUGCAAUUCUACUUCCUAACAUCGCCUUUGGUUCGCUGAAUGAUGAGAGCACGCGGGGAGAGAUAGAUGUCCGGAAAGUCAUCGUUGGCCAGAGCAUCGGAGGAGUGAUCUACUCUCUGUUUGCUGGUGCUCCUUUGGUUAUCCCACUGACUACUGCACCCCUGGCCAUCUUUAUUAGCGUGAUCCGGGGAAUCUGUGAUGACUACGAUUUGGACUUCCCUGCCUUCUAUGCCUGCAUCGGCUUGUGGAACAGCUUCUUUCUCAUCCUGGGAGCACUUUUGAAUGUCAGUCUGUUCAUGAAGCUCUUCAAACGCUCAUCAGAGGAAAUCAUAGCCCUGUUCAUUUCAAUAGCCUUUGUUGGGGACUCGGUGAAAGGCACUGUCAAAAUCUUUAAUUACUUCUACCACGGGCCCACGCUGGCAACCAAUAAUAGCACUCGGGUGCUUCUAGAGAUCAUGGAGUUAAUGGAGAAGGCUGCAAAUGCAACAGAGAGGCUGGGGAGUAGGACCAGCGAUGGGGCCCCUGUGGUGAAGCAUGUCACGCAUGUGUUUCUGCCCGAGUCUCUGGUCCUGUGUACCAGGGAGAGGCCUAUCCUCUGUCUCCUGCUCAUGCUGGGGACUCUGUGGUUGGGGUAUGCCCUCUACCAGCUGAGAAGGAGUCCUUAUCUGCAUGCCAAAGUGAGAGAGGUGGUGUCCGACUGUGCCUUACCCAUCGCUGUCGUUAUAUUCUCCUUCAUUGGUUCCUUCCUUUUCCUUGAUGUAGAGCUUCCUGUGUUCAACUUCCACAACGGGAAGAUCUUCAGGCUGGCCCAGUUUGACAAGCUGACGGGCAUGAACUGUCUGAGCGCUGUAGGCUUAGGCUUCCUCCUGGCGCUGCUCAUCUUCAUCGACCAGAAUAUUGUCAUAUCACUCACCCACGUCCCCGAAGCAAAGUUGUUGAAGGGAACUGCAUUCCACUGGGACCUGAUGCUGACCGGCUUCAUCAACAUCCUCAUGUCGUGUCUGGGUUUGCCGUGGAUGCACGCCGCAUUCCCACACUCCUCCUUGCACGCACGUCAGCUGGCCAAGGUGGAGCUGCACGUGGAGGGGGGACACCUCUAUGAAACCAUUGUCAAUGUGAAGGAGACGCGGAUCACGGCUCUGACGGCUAACAUCCUGAUCGGCCUGUCAGUGUUCUUGUUACCCAUCCCUCUGCAGUGGAUCCCCAAGCCUGUCCUCUACGGCCUUUUCCUCUACAUAGCAGCCACCUCCCUCGACGGCAACCAGAUGUUUGACCGCAUGCUCCUCCUCCUCAAAGAACAGACUUCCUACCCUCCCACCCACUACAUUCGGAGGGUGCCCCAGAAGAAGGUGCACUUCUUCACAGCCCUGCAGAUACUGCAGUUGAUCAUCCUGUGUGCAUUUGGCAUGUACCCUCUGCCCUAUAUUAAGAUGAUCUUCCCCUUCUUGAUGAUCCUGCUCAUUCCCAUCAGGACUAACCUGCUGCCAAGGGUAAUUGAGGCGAAGUAUCUGGACAUCAUGGAUUCUCAGCACAUGUAGACAGACGGAGGGAGAACUCUGAAAGGACUGAUACCAAGGCCUUGAUUCAAUUUGUAGCGUUGAAGACCUGCGCUAAAGCUCAAUAGAAAUUUAAAGAUAAUGUUCCCGCAUUUGCGGAGAAUCGCACUACAGUGCAAAUCUUCAGCUCUAUGAAUUGAUUUGAGCCCCCUAAAAUACAAAAUCUAUUUUGUAAACUGGGUCAAAGACGUAUAAGGUUUUCAAAGAAGCAAAAAAAUAAAACAGCAAUUACAAUUCCCUUCAAAUCCUUUUUAUGUUCAUUGGAGUGUCAUAUAUGCCCUUAUAUUAGUUAUAUUCAAGAAUAAAGCCAAUAAAAAAAAUGUGAUUCAUAUGAAUGUACCCUAGUAAAAUGUAAGUGUUAAAAAAAUUAAUGUAUGCCCAUUUUUCAUAAUCCCAAGGUUAUAUUCAUGCUUAGACUGGCAGAAAUAUAACUACCCAGAAAAAAUGACCAUUAUUUUAUUUUGAAUACCACAUAUUUUAUGUGUCACAGGUACAACUCAAAAUCUAUUGAAGGUCUUUUACAAAAACUUCCUGCCUUACACUGAAAAAAAUUGUAAAAUCGCCGAAAAUAUCUUUCACUUCAUCCUUUGAGAUUUGUUUUUAUCUAUCUGAGUCAACAAAACAAAGUUAUUGCAUUUUAAUAUAAAAUACUGGUGUUAUACUGUACGACAAUAUUUUGUUACCCUGAAUGACACAUCACUACGGCCCAAAAAUAUUGAUUAAAUGUGAUUCCUUUAGCAACAACAAUAAUGCUAUGAAUGAUUAUUAGUAGCCACAAUAGUAUUUUUCAAGGACUCAGAUGGUUGAUCCAGUUCUGGAGGUGUUAUACUGUACGACAAUAUUUUGUUACCCUGAAUGACACAUCACUACGGCCCCAAAAAAUGUAUUAAAUGUGAUUCCUUUAGCAACAACAAUAAUGCUAUGAAUGAUUAUUAGUAGCCACAAUAGUAUUUUUCAAGGACUCAGAUGGUUGAUCCAGUUCUGGAGGUGCAGGUUCAUGUUGUACUUGUACAAGUUGUUCAGGGGGCUGCUCAAAAGAGUUUCCUUCAGUGGAUACUGGAGUUAAGUUCAUCACCACAUUAAUUUGUUCGAUUCUUUCACGGUGCUUUCUCUAAUUUAAUCUCACAUUUUCCCUCUUUUUCAGCAUGAGAUUGUGUCAUUGUAUGGAUCGGUAGAUGAUCAGGAUAGACAUCCUUCUUUCUUCUCUGAUAGCUAAAAAACUAAAAUGUAAUAGUUAUGACACUGGCACAGAAUAGGAUUCACAUCCAUGAAAUGUUAUUAGUAGUCUAUUAAAAGUAGGCUAUACAAUGAUAACACUUAAUCAAAGUUUAAAAGUUAAAUCAACUCCCUCUCCUUUUCUCUUUCAAACAUGUUUUGUUACUAUUUCAUUGCUAAUGUUAAUAAUAAUCACUUUACUAUAAUUUGAGCCUGUGGCAACACUUUACGUUGCAUUAAAUUGCAUUAUUACACGAUUAUUACAUAAUAGUUAAUGUUAUAAUUAUACAUUGUUACACUGUAACUGGUAAAUUUAUUUUUAAUGCAGGUACACAAAUGUAAUUCCAAGAUACCUACACAAAAUAGCUAUAUAAAAUGGCCAUCAAACUACUUCAACUCAAAUUUGUACAGUCUCGAUUUUUCAUAUAGUGACCCAAAUGUGAAGCAGCAAUAAACCAAAAUCAAUUUUUUUAUCCAUAAUCGUGUGUGUGUUUGUAAUAUUAUAUUAACUAAUAUACUCCAUCAGUUAUACCUUAACUGCAGUGCAAUAAAACAUUAACUACAGUGUAAUAGUGCAACUUAAUGUUAAGCGUUAUCCACCCAGCUUUAUAUGCUAUUGUAUCCUAUUCUGUUGCUGACAGUAGCAUGAAACAAUGAAAACAAUACCUUGCUUUUCUUCUGGCUAGUCUUUCCUCCCUAGCAACUGGAUCUGCAUCAAUCUGUUGUCUGUGCCGUGCAGCCAUCUUCUUAUUAGACAACGGCAUCUACAGUAUAAACAUAAUGUGCCUUGAAAUACCUUAAAAUGUCAUAAAUUAGUUUACAAUGUUAAUAUUCAGUAUUCAAACAUCAAGUAAAUAUCAAUUGCAUGAUUGAAUGUUGUAAACUAGUGAAAACAUGGGAUAACAAAGCUACUGUCAUUCAGCAUAACGGUGACAAUGUGGUAUAACAUGAAACUUUUGUUGUGCUGAAGAACAAAAGCGUGAUACUUAAGGAUGGAUUUCAUAAAUAAACAUAUUUAACAGGCAGUUCCUUGGCCAUCUAUAUAAAUGAAUGACAUUGACCUAUAAAGAUUAUUCUUACUUUUUAUAUUUAAUAGAGCUUUUUAUAAAAUAAUAACAUUAAAAUAUUAUUUUCUGUAUUGUACUGAAGGACAUGCAUUUUUGUUACAAUGGUUACUAGAGGGUGAAAAGGUGAAAUCAUCAAAUAUUUCAGAGAGAUUUACUCACCUCAUCACAUUGAUAGAGGGUCUUCAAUGGGUAUUCUUUGUGAUGUCACACACUGUCACAUGAUUACCAUCAUGUGAUAUGCUUAAAAAUGGCUUUUUACCUUUGUUAUACUGAAUGACUUUGAUGAAACUCAAAAUAUAUUAUAUUUUUUAGAUACAGUAUGUCGCCCAUUAUUCUAUAUAUUCUUGCUAACACUAACACAAUUAUGCCAUGGGUGUUCAUUUAUAUUUUUAGGAUGAAUUUUUACAUUUUAAAAACACUUUUGUCAUUCAAAUUUUACCUGGACAGUUACACAGAAGGACAUUUUGACAGUUUAGAGCUCAAUACCUCUCUUAAUUUAAUAGUUUGCAACACAAAUAUUUCUGGGUGAAAAGAAGGGUAAGAGUUGAGUGAUUUAAUAUUAUAUUCAUACAUAUUUAUGUUUUUCUGUUAAAUUAAUGGCCUUCGGACACCAAAUUUACACGUCUUUGACCCAGUACAUGUUAAGGCCCUUUGACUCCAAGAGUACUAGACUGUGACUGGGUUGCAACCGGUAGUUGACUGAAAUUGAAAUCUGGAUGGACCACAAUUUUUACCUUUUUUAUUUGUUACGUAUAAGCCGUGCUUCUACAUCUGCAUUGCUUGCUGUUUGGGGUUUUAGGCUGGGUUUCUGUAUAGCACUUUGUGACAUCGGCUGAUGUAAAAAGCGCUUUAUAAAUAAAUGUGAUUGAUUGACGUACAGUAGUUGCUUAAUCUAUGUAGUUGCUUUAUCUAUAUAGUUGCUAAAAUAUUUAACAUACUCUUUAACAUCUCUUCUUAUUGUAUUAUGAGAAAUUCUGUACAACACAAGACAUUAUCUAAUUCUGCCCCUGACCCACAUCCUACCUUUAUGUAACAUGUUUAAGCUCAUUGUAUUGUUGUAUAUGAAUAAGGUAAACAUUUAGAAAGAUCAACAUUGUUUUGGUUUUAGGCUGGGAUCUGCAGAUAGUCAUGGUUGUUUAUAGUUCAAUAUUUUUGGUUACUUAUGCAAAAUCAAUUCACAAUGAAUUGGCCAGAUUGCAAUGCAAUUGUGCCAUAACUUCAGCAAUUACAAAGUAACAUACAGGAUAUUAAUGUAAAACAAACAAAUAUGUUGCACAGCAUACUGCUUUCCUGCUGUUUAAGCUGUUACCAAACGAAUAAAGACUUUUAAAUUA